GGAUGUUGUCUGCGUCUCCACCAAUCAUAGAGGAGACAUGAAAUGCAUUGUGGGUCUACUACUGAAGCUGGCGGUUGUCAGUUGUUUUGGUGAACUAGCUGCAGAUGCUGAUUUGUCAUUUGUCAGCCAAUGUCUGAUUUUCUUGGAAUGAAGCUUGUGAUAAAGACUAGUUAGCAGCACACGCAGGAUGGAUUCCUCUGAAGCAGAGGCUUUAACACACAGUGACAGAAGAGAAGACACUGCACCAAGCACAUCAAAUACAUCAGGUCAAGGGGACGAUGGACCGAAGCCAAAGAGGGUAUCUUUGAAGAGGACUGCUGAUCAGCCUAAAAAUGCAAAAGCCAAGAAGAAGAAAAAGGCCAGAGUCUCCAGGCCAGCGCCACUUGGCUACACUGUCCAUCAAGGGGAAGAUAUGCUUCUUGUCAUAUCGAGUUCUACUUCUCAGUACGAUGGUUCAGCCUGGACUCCCCCAAAGAAGGGAAGCAAAAAGAAGAAGCUAACUAAAAGAAAAGGGAAAAUUGUUCAUAUUAAGAAAAAAAAGACAGCCCGUGCCAGACCUAAACUGGCAAAUACUCCAGUUGCCAAGGACAAAAAGGACACUAAUUUGUUUGUUCCACAGAAAGCAACAGACCACAGGUGGGGUGAAAGUCUUCCCGAGGAGGUGCUUAUCAAUAUUUUUCAGAUGGUGGUUGUCCAAGAUGGCGCUGUACCUUUUCUGUGCAGGAUGGCCAGAGUUUGUCAUCUGUGGAACGCUGCUGCCUCCAGUCCGGUCCUGUGGCGUAAGGUCACUGUAGGUCAUUGCUGGAUUGCACCAGGGAAAAACCAGCUACCUAAAACUGAGAAGAUGAUUAAGGACACUAUUGACUGGUUGGCACAGAACAGAUUCUCCCAGCUACAAGACUUCUCUCUCUGUCACUGGACAAAGAAUGUCAGCUAUGCUGUAGAGGUUGUGUCGCAGUUCUGCCCUCACCUUCGCUCCCUCAAGCUUUCCUACUGUACAGGCCUGACAGCAGGGGCCUUCCAUAGCCUUGGUUUGCACAGCCGGUCUCUGCAGAGCAUAAAUCUCCAGUAUUCAGAGUUUCAGGUUGAAGGAGUCCUGGAGUUCCUUGAAAAUCAUGGGAGCCAGAUAAAGCAAAUAUUGUUCACUCAUGGACUAAAGAAUGACAGACUUCUAACUGCCAUCACCAGGGGCUACUGUCCUGAUUUGGAGUUGUUGGAAGUAAACACAAAGCUUGACAGUAAAGACUGUGAACUUCCAGUUUGCAUCCAGGCACUACAGAUGGCAUCACCUAAACUCAAGACCUUCCGGAUGCUGAAUGUCAGACCUCUGCAUAAGACAAUGCGUAAUGGUGCUGAUUCGACAUUAGGCUUCCCGUUACUGGAGGAGCUAUGUAUCGCAACUACGUCUUAUUCCUAUAUGACCGACAAAGAUUUGUGGGACAUUCUCUUUGGCUCCACCAGGCUGCGGGUGCUGGACCUGCGAGGCUGUUCACGAAUCACACCAUCUGGCCUUGCAACACUACCAUGCCUCGAGCUCGAGUGUCUGUUCUGGGGACAGUAUUUUAGCAGCAACAUUGGGUUGUCGUCACCAAAGGCGGGGCUUCACAUGGUGACCCGGAAAUGGAGUCAAACACUGCAACAGCUUGACAUUGCAAAUCAGCUGUUCACUGAGGAGGACCUGGAGUUAGCAAUGAGUCACCUUGCUCAGGCAACAGAGGCUGAGACCCUGCGUUCACUCAACCUGAGUGGGACCAGGAUCACACCACCUGCCCUCAGGUCUGUCAUCGGCCAAAUGACUGCUCUUAGCUACCUCAACCUUUCCUCCUGCCGUUAUCUUCCAAGAGGACUGAAGAGAAUUUACCGUGGCCAGGAAGACAUUCGUCAACUGCUGGACAAAUUGGAGUAGUUCAGAUAUUCGUUUGAUUCCAGAAAUCAUAAACCGAAUUUAGAAGGCAUACAUCAAUAUCUUAAAACAUGCCUCUUUGUGGAUUUGUUGUUCAAGCAUAGACUGUAUACUGUAUAUAUCUUUAUAUACAGUUUAUGUGUUUAAAUAAUGUGGAUAUUCAGGUGUUUUUGUAAAUGUUAUAUAUGUAUACUGUUCACACAGAACAAUUCAUGCAACUUCGAAGCAUUCAAGCACUCCUUACUGUUGCUAAAAAGCUGAGACCAAGGGUUUGGAAUCAAGAAAAAAAAACUUUUGCUGCUGUAUUAAUAAUAGGUCAGAUAAGAGUCAGUAAAAGCACAGUCUACACGUAGCUUAAGGAGUGACACUGACAUGUUGGAUUUGAAUACAUUUAUAUGAAUUACCUAAAUUGUAAACCUACAGGGACAUUCAGUUGUGUAUACCAGAAUUUCUUGAAUGCAAUUUUUCACUGCUUUCUUACACUAAGUCACAGUAACAUCUUUGUCAAGAGAUAUUUGAAAUAAAAAAUGUCUAUCUUGUUAAA